AAGCAUUUAGGAAAUCAGAAAUUUCACUUUUCUAGCUUUUCGCUUCUCCUUGGAGCCGAGACUCUCUUUGUCUCUCUCCUCCACCACCCCGUUCUCUCUCUCAUCUCGAGAAGAGAAUCAAGGCAAAACCCUAGCACGGUUACGAGCACGGAAAAUGGACAGACCGGCGCAGGAUGCAAUCGAUAUGUUUAUGAGCAUCACCGGCACAUCGAAGGCCGUGGCUGUGCAGAAGCUUGAGGAAUUUGGUGGCGAUCUAAAUGCAGCUGUAAAUUCACACUUCAAUCAAGGCGAUAAUAUGAAUUCUAGCACGGUGGCUAUUCCUGCACCUCGUAGUGAUUUAAUGGAUAUAGAUGAUCCUUUUAGUAUUGCGACUGCUGCCCCUGCACUUCCACCAUUUCCUGCUAUUCGAAGGCUGAACCCAUUUUCAAUUCUUGAAUCACAUUUUGGACGGAGUCUUUUUGAUGGUGGUACUCCAGAUUUUGCUAAUGAAGCUCCACGGGUUUCGCACCCUAGGGAUGUGAGGGAGAUUCCAAUUGAGUUCAAGGAUGAGAUUUCUCACUCAGGUUCUUCUGGCAGUGGACCAAAAAUUGAGGAUGUUACUGGAAAUGUUUCUGCAAAUGAAACUGUGGUUCAUGGAACUGUAAUUAUUGAUGAUGAGGAUGAGGAUCUUUCAAUUCUUCCAGCUGAUCUUGGUGCUAACCACUCUGUUGGUGUUUCUGCUAGAAGACAGCCUACAACAAAUGCCACCCCUUUGGCUGAUGUGACUGACUAUACCGAUGAUAUAGAAGAAGAAAUGAUACAAGCUGCAAUUGAAGCUUCAAAGAGGGAGGCUGAGGAAUAUGGAAAACAGCAGUAUGAUGUUUCAGAUAGCGUACCUAAUCCAAAACUGAACCAGGAUUCAUUUGUUUUGGAUGAUUCCGACCUUGCUCAUGCGGUCUCUUUGUCCCUGAAGACCGCAGAAAGAGAGAGUGUACUACGUGCUCAUGGUUUGGCUAUUGGUGAGCAGUCUUCCAAUGCAUCCGACAGCAGGCCAGAAAAUUUUAGAAGACUGCGCGUAGCAAAUGGGAGGCAAAGGAUUGAGAGAUCAAAAUCUCAAACUUCUAAUCAAUCAAACAUGGAAGAAGGAGAUCCGUCAUUUGAAGAUGAAGUUGAUGAUGCAGAUGAAGAGCCACUGGUUAGGCACCGUUCUAUACCUGCUACUUCUGGAAAUGCUCCUCGGCAGAUAAUAUUAAGUCCUCCAUCAAGUCCACAACGACAGGAAGUUACUAGACAUGCUCAGAAUAAUGGAGACGCAUUCCAGUCAGAUGAGUGGGGUGGCAUCUCGUCUGAAGAGCAUGAUGAAGCUGUCAUGCUUGAGGCCGCAAUUUUUGGGGGGAUUCCUGAAGGAACUUCGUAUCAUUUUGAAUAUCCUCGUCAUCAAGUUAUGCCAAGUAAUUACGAUAGUGCACCUCAUGCACCAUCUCCAAGACUAGCUGAACAGCGAAUGCUAAGAGAGCAGCAGGAUGAUGAAUAUUUUGCAUCACUGCAAGCAGAUAGAGAAAAAGAGUUAAAAGCCAUGCAAGAGACUGAAAAACGCAGAUUGGAAGAGGCAGCUGCCGUAGAAGCUGCUUUCAAGAGGGAAAAGCAUCAAGAGGAAGAAGCUUAUAGGAAGCAGCUUGAAGAAGAGGAAUUUGAAAGGAAACUUGCUGCAAAACAAGCAUCUCUUCCUCAGGAACCUUCCGUUGACAAUGAAAAUUCAGUUACACUUCUAAUUCGUAUGCCUGAUGGUAGUCGUUGUGGAAGACGUUUUUUGAAGUCUGACAAGCUGCAGUUACUUUUUGAUUACCUAGAUGUUGGAAGAUUGGUGAAGCCCGAUAGUUAUAGAUUGGUGAGGCCCUAUCCUCGCCGUUCCUUCACAGAUGAAGAAAGCCAGUUAUCUCUAAGCGAACUUGGCCUGACAAGCAAACAAGAAGCUUUGUUCCUGGAGCUAAUAUAAUCCCUCUCUGCCAUCUUUUGAAUGAUUAUAUUUAUUUUCUUUUAGACCGAAAACUGUUUUCCAAAUCCAAUGUUCUGAAGAUAGAAACGUCAUAUAGAGAAAUUAGCUGAUGCUUCCUCUGUGGAGGAAAAAAAUGGCUGUUCUACCUCCACUUGAUAGACUUUCACUGUGUUUUUUUCUUUUUUUCUUCUCUGUUUAUUGUCAUAUUUGUGUGUUAUAAGUUGGCUCUUUUGCUUCAGGAGAUUUAAAAGAAACAUAGAAAAGCUUCUCGCUCUGCUAUUUCUUGUUC